CCGUCUUUUCGGUUCUUCUCACCGACCUCUCAUAUCAAUUCGUCAAAUAUACCAUUGAUGUCAUGCACUCCAAUCGCAGUAGCAUCAGUCUGAACUGCAAGUUCCGUAUAGAUCUAAGCUAUCUUGAUCGGCGAAGCAAGUGUCUUUGGCAAACGAGUUACCGAAAUAGUGUUUGGUCAACCCCUCAAUUGGAACGUCAUCUCUCGUUCGGGUUUCCCUUCAUAUGGAGGGGAACCUCCUCUAAGACUGUCGUUCCGCAUUCAAAAUUCUUGCUUUGAAUAUUCACACAGUUCUACCUUAUUUCAGGGUUUCGACAUGUCGUCCACUGGAGUCCUCAACGGCAGCUCUUCCAGCACCACCGCCCACAAUAACGAUAAAGCUUCUGCUCCAGCUGAGAAUGGCGCAGGCUCCAUCAACAGUCGUCAAGGGUAUGCCUCACACUGGGAUUAUGGUGGGAAUCCUCUCGCACAUGUCAACACUGGUGACUCUGCGCGUUUCCCUGCUUUCGCGGGAUACCUUCAGCCAGGUCUUUACAAACCACCCAAGAGCAAUAUCGCUAACCCAGCCCCGUUGGGUCUCUGUGGGUUCGCACUGACGACUUUCGUCUUGUCGCUGCUUAAUUGGCACACGAGGGAUGUUUCAGAACCUAACCUCGUGGUUGCACCUGCGUUUGCUUAUGGUGGUCUCAUUCAAUUACUUUCUGGAAUGUGGGAGAUGGCAGCAGGAAAUACCUUUGGUGCCACUGCAUUAUCUAGCUACGGAGGCUUCUGGAUUUCUCUAGGAAUCAUGCUCACGCCAGGCGGUUUCGAGAUCGCACAGUCAUAUACGAAUCCGGUUCAUUUCAACUACGCGUUCGGGUUCUUCCUCAUGGGCUGGUUCAUCUUCACCUUCCUUCUCUGGCUCUGCACCAUGAAAUCCACAGUCGUCUUCUGUACCCUCUUUUUCAGCGUCUGGAUGACCUUCCUGCUUCUAGGCAUAUCUUAUCUCCUGACUCCCAAUGUCACAGGCGGUAGCCAGAAUAUUGCAUGUCAGAAAGCAGGAGGAAUGUUUGGGCUUUUAGCUGCAUUUUUGGCCUGGUAUGUGGCUAUUGCUGGUAUCGCAGAUAACAAUAACAGUUUCUUUACGAUUCCCGUUUGGCACUUUCCUUGGAGUGAGAAGGGAAGAGCGGCGAGGCAGAAGACUGAGGAAGCGAAUGUCUGAGGAGGUUUCGGAGAAGGUAGUCAAAAAGAGAGCACACUCUGCAGAGUGUUCUAAUUGGUUGUAGUUGUCCGUGGGUAUGCAAAGCAUUAGCUAUCAUUGUUC